AAUGACUUCAACAGAAACUUCUUCAGAUAUAGAGACCAGCAGCUAUUCUACCGUAACAAGUGAAUCCACUGCCAUAGACUUAUCAAAAACAAAUGAAAAGGAUUUUACAGAUACCGAAUCAUCCUACUCUAGUUCGAAUAGCACAAGCUCCUUUGUUUCUUCCCCAACUUACAGCACCCGAUCCCCAAUACCAACACCUAGAAAAUCAAAAACUUAUAGCUAUACUACAACCUUCAACAGCUUUAAUUCUUCAGAGGAAAAUGGAAGUGAUCCAACCACGACAGAUGAUAGUCAAAUUUAUCAGCUAUAUAAAAGUGACUUUGAGACGGCUAUAUCCUCUGCAUAUUCCCCUAGACGGCGAAAACCUUCUGAAAUUAGUAUAUCGCGAACAUCAGCACCAACAACUGGAUAUUUGUAUACUGAAGAUUUUGAAACAGGAACAGAGGUAUUUAAUGAAGAAGAACUAACAGAUUCUAGUGAAAGAGGGGAAAAUAUUAAAGAUUUCGAAGACUUACUUGAAUAUAGCGAAGGUACAUUUAUAGAUAAGGCUCAAGAAGAUGAAGAAAAACAACUUGAAGAUUAUGUUCGUAGUAAACUGGAAAUGUUAAAAGGGAAAAUAAAGAAAGAGAGGGUUAAAGAAACAAAACCUUCAAUUAUUCCAAGGAGAAAGAAACGAACUGAUUUGAGUAAGACAUUUUGUUUACUAUGGUUGUUUACUGUUUUAUACAUUGUAUUUUAA